AUGGCCUCCGGUUCGCCCAAAAGAAAGCGGGAUCGUGCCCUGCCCUUGGACACGAAGGGACCUGUACCCCGCCUCGCCUUCGACGGAAAUGGCGAGGAGGCAGGAGAUGCGAGCCCGCGGACAAAGGCUGCCAGGAAAUUCGAGCACCUUGAGAUUGACAGCCCGCCAUUCCAUCUCGGUUCCGAGCGUGGAAGUAUGCCAAAAGCCGAUUUCAUAGGCCACGCAAAGCCCUUGGCCCAUCCUGCUGGUCAACGUGACGAAGCGACAUCCCCAGACACCAAGUCAAGAGCAAACGCUCCAUCAAAUUCGACUUCAGGCAUUCCCUCUACCGAACGAGGGGCCAACUCAUCACGGUCAAAUUCUCCGCCAUUGUCUGCGGACGUAUCCGAGACAUUCUGGCAUGAUUCCGAAAUCACGGGCCACGAUCCUGAUGAUCCGGACGACGAUGGUUACGGCAUCAACGGCAUUGGAUUUCGACCGACUGCAGCAAUCGCCUGGUCAAGGUCGCAACGACGAAAACAACAGCUGAGCGACUAUAAACAUCGGGAGGCGCGAGACGCCAGACAGCAGCGAAGUGAGAGGAGAAAGCGUUUCAUUAGCGACAGCGACGAGGUCCCGUCCGUGGAGUCCUCACCACGCAAGAGCAUUCGUGUUCAUUUCGCAGAUGGAUGA